AUGGACCCAAUUCGACCAGAAUUCGAACUUUUGGACUCAGCAGGACUUGAGUACCACCGUUGGGUAUCUGAUGUGGAAACCACUUUCGUGGCAAAGGACUUCACCUCCACUAUCAAUUCGUCUGCCGACGCUGCUCCGGAAACUGAGAAAGACAAAGCUAAUGCUCUUAUGUUCCUCAAGAGGCAUAUCGAUCCUAACCUUCGUUGGGGUUAUCAUCACUUGAAAACGACAAAAGAGCUAUGGGAUGCUCUAGAUAGCCGUUUUGGGAACAUUCAUGAUUCCUUAAUACCACAAUUAAACGUCCUAUGGAACGAAAUCCUCUUCUUCGAUUAUGUGAAAGUGAAUGAUUUCCAUAAAGACAUGCUCCAAAUUCAGGCACGUAUGGACUUUUGUGGAAAGAAACUUACUGAUGAGAAAAUGAUUCAUAAAACCCUAUCGACCUUUCCCACCUCGUCCAUGAUACUAGCGAACCAGUACCGUUUAGAGGUUGACAACAAGUGA